AUGUUUCCUCUUGGGUCACACAUCCUCUCGUUGACCUAUGUGCUCGCUUUGGCCGAGAACGCCGCUGCCGGGAAAGCGUGGGGACCCUGGGGAGGCAAGCCGAUGUUUGUCAGUGCUGGACAAUCAAUCCAGUCGGCCAUCACCUCUGCACAGCCGGGGGCCAAGAUCAUCGUCAAGCCCGGCACCUAUGCCGAACAACUUCUCAUCACGCAGAGCGGACUCUCCUUGAUUGGUCUGCCAGGCGCCACGCUUGUGCCGCCAACUACUCCGUCUCCAAAUGUCUGCACCAAUGUUGGCGGCACAGAGAAUGAUCAAGCGGGCAUUUGUGUUGCUGGAAAGGAUGUGGUCUUUGCAGACGCCGUUGCUGAGCAUAAGAAGGUCUCGACUGUCGGCCAACGCGUCAAAGAUGUGACCAUAUCCGGCUUCACCAUCAAAGGUUUCUCCGGAGAGAACAUUGCCCUUGUCGGAGCAGAAAGCACAAAAGUUCUUGGAAAUACGCUCAUCGACGGUGGGAGGUACGGUGUCCUCUCGGACGGUUGCAUCGACUCAUUAAUCUAUGGAAAUACAGUCACCAAGUCACCUCCCUUGGGUUUCAUCAGUAUCUGUGUAGACGACGUCAGCGGAGCAAAAGUCCAGGACAACCAAGUGGAUGGCACCUAUGUUGGGCUGUGCACACAGACCAGCGGUGCAGAUGUCAGUGGCAACACUGUCAAAAACACCUGUCAAGCGGUCUUCAUCGAUCCUGACAUUGCUGGCGCAAAAGUACACGACAAUCAUCUGAGCGACUCAAAUCCAGCGUGCAACAAAGCCGAAGACAAUCCUGUAGGCAACUACGGUGUCAUAGCUGCAGGCAGCAUCGGUGCAGUGAUCAAGGACAACACUGUCGAGCGCAUCUCCUCAGGAGGGCAGACGAACCCGUUCGCGGCCGGUAUUGCGAUUAUUGACUGGCCAGCACCGCCGACGCUGGCAAGCGAUAACGUCGUCGAAGGCAACGUGUUGAGCGAGAAUGACUUCGAUGUUCUGCUAUUUACCAAUGGCACUGGGAAUGUGGUGCAGGACAAUGAGUGCAGCACUUCAGCGCCGCCGGGAUUGUGUUGA